AUGGAGAAUCGGGUUGACAACUUGGAGCGUUCCCUCACCGAGAUGAAGGAAGUGACUCACGAACAGUUUGAGGAGCUCCGACGACUCUUCCUGAGUCGCGACAACCGGCGAAGGGGUCGUUCCAACACCCCACGCCAUCGAAGAACCUCACGCGAUGCGAGCUCAGUCACCUCAAGGAGAAGCGAUUUCGGGUCACAACCCGGGUCGCGCUCUUGGUCUCGAGCUGCGACGCACGAUCGUGAGCAGCACGAACCCUAUCAUCACCGUCACCAUCUGCGAGCAGUCACGGGAAGGCGAGUCGACAUUCCGAUGUUCAACGGAAGCGACGCGUAUGGCUGGAUAACGAAGGUCGAACGUUUUUUCAGGCUCAGUCGGGUCGAAGAAAGGGAGAAGAUCGAGAUGGUGAUGAUCGCCAUGGAAGAUCGUGCCCUCAGCUGGUUUCAGUGGUGGGAAGAGCAAGCUCAGGAGCGAGCUUGGGAACCGUUCAAACAAGCUCUGAUCCGCCGUUUCCAACCGGAUCUUGUCCAGAACCCGUUUGGACCUCUACUCAGUGCCAAACAGAAGGGUAGCGUCAUGGAAUAUCGAGAAGCCUUCGAGCUCUUAGCUGCACCCAUGAGAAACGCUGACAGGGAGGUGUUAAAAGGGGUAUUCCUGAACGGUUUGCAGGAAGACAUCAAGGCUGAAAUGAAAUUGUACCCAGCUGAUGACCUCGCUGAGCUGAUGGACAGAGCACUGCUGCUCGAGGAGAAAAACUCCGCUAUGAGAGGAGGGAAACUGAGAGAUGAUGACAAACGUGGGUGGAAGGAGAAAGAAGGAACUGGGGGAAGGUAUUUUCCCAGUACUGGAGACAACAAGGGGAGGUUUGCUAACUCUGCCGCGAAUCACCAAAACAGAGGGGGAACUGGAACUGCUGAAAAUGAUGGGAAAAAUCUUGUGAACAAAGGGGGAACAGGAAGCAAUGAAGGAAAAAUUCCUGAGAAGAAGUGGAAUGGAGGGCAAAGGCUCUCUCAAACCGAGCUACAGGAAAGAAGUAGAAAGGGGUUAUGCUUUAAGUGUGGGGAGAAGUGGGGAAGGGAGCACAUAUGUGCCAUGAGGAAUUAUCAAUUGAUUCUGGUAGAGGGGGAAGAGGAAGAAGAGGAAGAUGAGGUUUUCGAAGAGGCUGAGGAUGGGGAAUUCAUUUUGGAAGGAAAGGUGCUGCAAUUAUCCUUGAAUAGCAAGGAAGGGUUAACCUCUAAUAGAUCUUUCAAGGUCAAAGGAAAGAUUGGGAGCAGAGAAGUUCUGAUAUUGGUGGAUUGUGGGGCAACCAACAACUUCAUUUCUCAAGAGCUGGUGGUGGAACUAGACAUACCUGUGAUUGCCACUUCAGAGUAUAUAGUGGAGGUGGGAAAUGGGGCUAGGGAGAGAAAUUCCGGAGUAUGUAAGAACCUGAAGCUAGAGGUUCAGGGGAUUCCCAUUACUCAACAUUUUUUCAUCCUAGGCCUAGGGGGAACAGAAGUGGUGCUGGGAAUGGAUUGGCUUGCUAGUCUUGGCAACAUUAGAGCAAAUUUCCAAAAGCUGACCAUUCAAUGGGAGGUUCAAGGACAGAAAAUGUUCUUACAAGGGGAACCAUCCUGGUGUAAGAUUGCUGCAGGAUGGAAAUCUAUUAAAAAGACUAUGGAGAAGGAGGGUGAAGCAUAUUACCUUUCUUAUGAGGGGUUGACUGAGGAUACAAGGAUUGCAACUGAGAUUUCAGAAGAGAUAGAGGGAAUCCUAGCAGAAUUUCCUGAAGUUUUUCAAGAACCAAAGGGGCUACCUCCCAAGAGAGCAACAUAUCAUGCCAUUUUGCUUCAAGAAGGAGCUUCCAUACCCAACAGUAGGCCCUACAGGUAUCCAUUCUAUCAGAAAAAUGAGAUUGAGAAAUUAGUAAAAGACAUGCUCAAGGCAGGGAUCAUUAGACCCAGUACAAGCCCUUUUAGCAGUCCUGCUAUAUUGGUGAAAAAGAAAGAUGGAGGGUGGCGAUUUUGUGUGGAUUAUAGAGCCCUCAACAAGCUUACAAUCCCUGACAAAUUCCCUAUACCAAUUAUUGAUGAACUGUUAGAUGAAAUAGGAGCAGCUGUGGUUUUUUCAAAACUUGAUUUGAAAUCUGGUUAUCACCAGAUUAGAAUGAGAGAGGAAGACAUUCCUAAGACUGCUUUCAGAACCCAUGAGGGCCACUAUGAAUACCUAGUCCUACCAUUUGGCCUAUCCAAUGCACCCUCAACCUUUCAAGCACUCAUGAACCAAGUCUUGAAGCCCUAUCUUAGAAAAUUUGCACUUGUAUUUUUUGAUGAUAUCUUGAUAUACAGUGAGAGUGAGGAAAAGCAUAGGGAACACUUGAGGAAAGUUUUGCAAGCUUUAGAGGAUAACCACCUGGUGGCAAACCAAAAGAAAUGUUCUUUUGGUCAACUGGAAUUGGUGUAUUUAGGGCAUGUGAUAUCAGGACAAGGGGUAGCUGCUGACCCUAACAAAAUCAAAGAUAUGUUGAACUGGCUCACUCCAAAAGAUGUGAAAGGAUUAAGAGGUUUCCUUGGGUUAACAGGGUAUUAUAGGAAAUUUGUGAAGAAUUAUAGUAAACUGGCCCAACCUCUCAACCAUUUACUCAAAAAGAACAACUUCAAUUGGAGUGAAGAGGCAGCUCAGGCUUUUGAGAAUCCUUCUUCUCAUAGACUAAUUCGGAGACCAAGAUCUCAUCCACUAGCCUUUGCAAGGAAAGUUCAGAAAUAA